CAGGAAGCAGACCCGAGCAGCAGCAGCACGAGCCUGGCAGCAGCAGCAGCAGAUGUCAAAGCAGCAGCAGCAGCAGCAGCACCCCGCAUCUCCUUCGUGUCUUGCUACAUAACACCUUCCCCCAUAAUAGGGCUAAUGGUGCUGCAGGUCCCCCGCUGCUGCUUCCUAGACCCUCCCCCCUCCCAGCAGCAGCAGCAGCAGCAGCAGCAGCGGGAAGCAGCAGCAGCAGCACUUUGCAUGGUCCUUGAAGACGGGAGGCUUCAGGUGGUUUCUUUUCAAGGGUUUAAUUUGCUGUUCGACUUCAAACCCGAGGGAAAGGCAGUUCUGCAGGCAGCCACAGACAAGCGCGCCCAGUGA